CUCUCUCUCUUCUGAACUUUUUUUUGCCAACCUGUUGGUGUUGAAUUCUUUUUCCCUUUACUUUCCUUCCGGUCUGACGCCAGGAGCCAACAGCAAGAGAAACACAGAUGAUAUAACCAGUAAUGACAGAGGGGACGACGAAGACAUCCACGACCAGAGCAGUAAGAAGCCGGUGAUGGUGUACAUCCACGGCGGGUCCUACAUGGAGGGCACUGGCAACAUCAUCGACGGCAGCAUCCUGGCCAGCUACGGCAACGUCAUCGUCAUCACCAUCAACUACCGGCUGGGCAUUUUAG